AUGGACAAUUGUGUGACAUGCCCAGAAGAUCAAUAUCCAAACAGGGAGAAGGACCAGUGUCUCCCCAAAGUAACAACCUUCCUCAGUUUCCAAGAACCUUUGGGAUGGAAUCUGACCUGCAUGGCUCUCUCCUUCUCUUUUCUCACAGUUCUGAUCCUUAUGAUCUUUGUGAAGCAUCAAGACACUCCCACCGUCAAGGCCAACAACUGGGUUCUGAGCUACGUGCUUCUCAUCUCUCUCAUCUUUUGCUUCCUCUGUUCUUUGCUUUUCAUUGGCCGUCCUAACACAGCAACCUGCCUUCUUCAGCAAACAAUAUUUGGAAUUGUAUUCACAAUGGCAGUUUCUUCUAUUUUGGCCAAAACCAUCAUGGUGGUUCUGGCUUUUAAGGUCACAAGACCAGGAAGCAGGUUGAAGAUGUGGGUACAGCCUAAGGUGUCCAAUUCUCUAGUCUUUCUCUGCUCUGUGAUCCAAGUGUUUCUCUGUGGGAUCUGGCUGGGGACUUCACCUCCAUUCUUAAGUACAGACACUCACUCUGAACCUGGCCACAUCAUCACUGAGUGUAAGGAGGGCUCUGUUAUUGCCUUCUACUGUGUCCUGGGCUACAUGGGCAUCCUGGCCCUGGGCAGCUUCAUGGUGGCUUUCCUGGUCAGGAACCUUCCUGAUACCUACAAUGAAGCCAAGUUCAUCACCUUUAGCAUGCUGGUCUUCUGCAGUGUGUGGGUCUCUUUCCUUCCCACAUAUCAGAGUUCCAAGGGGAAGGACAUGGUGACUGUGGAGGUUUUUGCCAUCUUGGCCUCCAGUGCUGGGUUACUGGGCUUCAUCUUUUUUCCCAAGUGCUAUGUGAUCCUGCUAAGGCCAGAGAGGAACACUCUGGAAUGGUUAAGGAACAAAUCAGAUUCCAGAGCCAGGAACUUAGUCCUAGAGACUCUUCCAAGGUCAUGA